CUGACUGCGUGUGUGACUUUGUUUACUGUUGAAUAACUGAAAAAAUUUGUGAAUAUUUCUGCCAAUAAAUAAUAUGAUAUUGAAAAAAUAUCCAUACAACAACUAAUAAAAAUCUUGUUUAUUUGUGAGAAAAUUGGAAAUCAUCGAAAUGAUCACAAAAUGCAAAAGCAUUUUCAUCGUGUUUGCUCUUUUAGUUGUUUAUAGUUCACGAAUACCUGCGCUUUGUGUUUUGAAAGCCCUUAUUUAUCACUUAGAAAAUGACCCCUGUGCCACAAUCCACUAUAAAGGAAGAUGUACUACAGAGCAAAAUUGUCCACACAUAUUUGAAUCAAUGAACAGAAUGCGUCUGACUGCUCUUCAUGUGGGAUACUGCAAUUUUUUGGCUUAUGAAAAGUUUAUCUGUUGCCCGAAUGCCUUGGAGAAGAUGGAAGCUAUGACGGAGGCCCUGACACCCACCACACUAAUUGACGCAUCAACCCAAUUAAACCCGUCUUCCGGAAACACUGUCGAACGUCCAGCUGCUCGCGCAUGUAAAAAGAUCGAGGAGGAUUUAAUGCCUAUUUUGAUACCACAUAUACUUAACGGGUAUGAAGUGAAAAUAAGUCAAUAUCCUCAUAUGGCUAAAAUAAUUUAUGAUUCGCCUAAACAUAAAUGUAGUGGUAUUUUAAUUCAUAAAGGAUUUAUUCUCACUGCCGCACAUUGCUUGUUAAAAAGAGAUGUGAAACCGAUAAAAGUUAUAAUGGGUAUCACCGAUUUUGAAGACCCCAAUGAAUGGGACAACAGGCAAGAGAUAAUGAUUAAUCGUACCUAUUACCACCCGGUGUAUUCCUCUGAAAAACUAUAUAACGAUAUUGGUUUAAUUGAAUUGGUUGAAGAAGUCAACUACAGUAUGAACGUUUAUCCAACUUGUCUGCAAACGGAUCCAACUGAUCUGCUUGCGAACACUGAACUGGUUGUUACUGGUUGGGGAUUAACGGAAAAUCACGAGACUUCAUCGCACUUAAACGCUGCAAGUUUGCUAUAUGUACCUUUGCCUCAGUGUAGGACAAGCUACAUGAAACAGCUGGGCGAAAAUGAUAUUCAGCUAGAUCGCGGUAUUGUUAAUACUCAUCUUUGUGCCUUUUCCAAUCAGAGUGAUGCCUGUGAUGGUGAUUCUGGCGGUCCCGCACACAUUGUAAUAAAUAAAACUUAUAAUAAUUAUAGAGUUGUUGGUAUUGUGGCAUCAGGGAUUCUUUGUGGCGCUCACUUGCCCGGUAUAUAUACCAGAGUGUCAGAAUUUUUGAACUUUAUAGAAGCCAUAGUAUGGCCGAGUUCAAAGCAAGAGCUUGACGAUAACAAGCGGAUUAUAAUAUUGAAAUUCCACGAAAAUUUUAUAAAAAAGAAAAUGCAAAAGAUACGUUUUAAUAAUCCAAGACAGUUCUGUGUACUGUUUAUUCUGAUAACACUUGGCAGAGAUGGCGCAGGUGAAGACUUCUACGAGGGAGAUCUCUGUGAUUUUGCCGGCUAUAAGGGUAUCUGCAUGGCAGCGAGUAAAUGUGUAGAGUUGCCAGCUCGCAUGGAAAAAUUACACUUAAAAAACUACAGUGUCGGUAGAUGCGGUUUCACAGUUACUGAGGAGAUGAUUUGUUGUCCCAAUAGCCCAGCACCGGUUCAAACUCCACCCGCACCUUUGGAUCCUUUCAAACCGUUCGAUUUUCGUCCAUCACCCGAAGAUGCGACUGAUAUGAGUUCCUCAACAGUUCUACCGCCAGAUUUCUGGUUCUCAACUAAUUUCGUGAAAAGAAAUAGUAAUAACAAUGAAAAUAAGAAUAUAUUUAACGAACAUCAAGCGCCCCUUCCAGCUUCACACGCCGAUCAGGAGAGGACUGAACGUGAAAAUGGUUUAACAAAUAAUUUUUUUCAUCGCACAAAAGUUCAACGUGCCGAAGAUGCCACUGCUGAUGAAGUCUCAAACGAAAGUAAUGUAAAAAAAUUAAAUAAAAAUACUCUUUCAACGCAGCUGAUAAACGAGAGACUAAACCAAUCGUUGAAUAUGAAGCCGUUGCCCUUUGAAGACACAAAUAUAAGGCAGCAACCGCCAUUCAAUGGAAACCCAUUACCACCAGAGAUGGUAAAUGAGAGAGUGGAAGGCAUAUUCAGCAGUAUCUCUGAUCCAAAGCAUGAAAAAAACUGGCUUAAUACAAAUCUAACACCAGCAAAUGUGGAAUACGCCUCAAAAGAUUUGACGGCAGAGAUUAUCACCAAAAGAAUUAAUGAAAUAUUUUACAACGACAAUAAUUCUUCCGAGAACAAUAAACACUUUGUGUCAAAGGUGAAUCGAGUCUCGGCUGCGGUUAUAAAAGACAGACUCGAAAGUAUACUGAAUGCAAGGCGCAUUACAAAGGCAAAUGGAAAUGGCGCAUCGAACAAUAUGCCGAAUAAAGGCAACGCUAAUCCAGAAAUUAAACCCUCUUCGAGAAUCGAUUUCAACGGUAUCGAUGGUGAGCGUCCGCCGCCAAAUAAUAAGUCUGUACGCAAUGGAAAUGGUCCAACAAACGGGACGCGAGUUCUGAAUACUUCUAAAGACAUCACAUGUGAGACGAAGCAUUAUAAAGGCACUUGCACUGGAAGAUCCAAAUGCCCGCAUUUAAAAAAUAAUUUGAAGAAACUAAAUUUGAAAGAAAGCGAUGUGGAUUAUUGUGUGGAAGAAGACACUAUAUGUUGUCCAAAAAUCGAGCGCGCAGCUGAUCGAGCCUGCAGAGCCUUAGAAAGCAUUUCAACGCCUCAUGUAGCUUCGCAUAUAGUUGGCGGUUAUAAAGUGGGACCCACCCAGUAUCGUCAUAUGGCCAAGGUCGUAUAUGAUAUGGAUGGUCCUUUCUGCGGUGGAUCAUUAAUUCACAAGCGUUUCGUGCUUACGGCGGCACACUGUAUACUAGGAAGAAGUGGCAAACCAUCAAAAGUUAUUUUGGGAAUAGCUGAUUUUAAUGACGAGGAACAGAAGGUCUUUCGCCAGGAUAUCGGUAUCAAACUCAAUCAUGUACAUAAAAAAUAUAACAGUGCGAAACGUUACUAUGACAUCGGUCUACUUGAAUUGGAAAAAGAUGUCGCCUUCAGCUUAACAGUAUAUCCAACUUGCCUGCACACAGAUCAAAUGGAGCUGCCGGACGGUACUGUCUUGAUUGCGACCGGCUGGGGACGCACGGAAAAUCAAAUGCAUUCGGAUCAUUUAUUAGCGGUUAAUUUGAAUCAUAUACCGAAUUCACAAUGCAAUCAAAGUUACGAGGAUUCCAUUGAUUCGUGGCGCUUCGAUCAUGGCAUAGAUGAAACGCAGAUUUGUGCUGGUGCACCGAGCAAGGACUCUUGUGUUGGUGAUUCGGGCGGCCCACUACAUUUAGUUGUUGAUCCGACAUACAAUAAAUACAGAGUUGUUGGUGUAGUUUCGUUCGGUUUAUCCUGUGGAUCGGCCGCACCGGGCGUGUAUACAAGAGUUGCAGAGUUUUUGGAUUUCAUCGAAAAGAUCGUGUGGCCGGCGGAAGCGGAAAUGUAAUAUUGUAUUUACUAACGCUAUUAUUUGAGAUUGCUGCUAUUUAUUUGUAUGCCUAUUUAUGUGGAAAUUAUUAUUAAAACAUU